AACUAAGUUGAAAUAUCCCUAUGUGGCUAUCAUAUGAGAGUAAAGUAAAUCGGUCCUUACUAAAAAAAUAUUGUUAUUAUUAUUUCUGUCUAUGCAUGAAUCAUACUAGAUAAUAUUUUCAUCACACACCUCGUGUCCAAAUUUUAAAGUCGAUACAUGUCAUUAUCUUUAAUUGGACGCAUCUAUAUCUAAAUUAUCCAACGACAGCAACAAUACAUGCAUACCAUAAGCCCAUAAUGGUUCUCAACGGAAACAUUACGUGAAUGUGGAAACUUCGAUCCAACCCAUGAUAUAAGGCAAAUUUGCAUAGUAUGAGGAUUGAAUAUGUAAAAUAUUUCUUAUAUAGGGAUUGUCUUGUUAAUUGUGAAGAAUAUAAUAGACUGAAAACGGGAUUGGCCGGGAACCGACACCGAGAGAGAACGAGAGAGCGGGAAAUUCACAACCUCGCAUCCGAUUAUUCCACCACAAGUCAAACACGGCACUGACCAAAUGUCUGCCCUCGUCAACGCUCUGUCCAUCUCCAGCCCCGGCUUCCUCGUUUCUUCCUGCUUCUCCAUAAUUCCUACUUAUGGCUCUACUCCCUUCUCGCCACCAUCUUGGUCUUCGUCGCGGUAUCGGAAACACAACUAGGUACGCGCUCUGUGCUCUCUGCCCCCGUGUUCUGUUAACUAUGAAUUAUGAACUUCUCCUGCUCCGGGUGUUUGGGGUAGCCGAUUCAUAAUCGCGUGAGUUUCUAGAUCUCUUGAACGAUUUCACCGCCCAGUCUUCUUUGAUGCGGCAAUUUGGACAACCGCGCUGGUGGCGGGAAGUGAUAGAAAUCAAGAUUUGAAGUGUUUCCACGAAUUGGACUGUUUCGGAUGCUUGAGUUCAUUUGAUUGUGUUUAUGUUUGUUCUCUGUGCUGCUCCGUGGUGGAUUAGGGUUUGAGGAUUGCAGUUACGAAUUUAGAGAGGUAGGGGUGUUAGGUGGAUUCUGAAUUUGGGGCUUCUACCAUACGAAGCAUCCUGACUUGGUGAUAAUGUUGUUACCCGUUAUUGAUUGGGGUGUAACAGUAACUAGCCUCAAUCUGCAGGAAAUCUUUGCAGAGGCAUUGCUGGCCCUGGUUUCAGUAACUAGGGGCCGGGAAUCAUGGUGAUCGAACUAGAACAAGGAUGGGAGAUUGUGCUGAGGGGUUUUAAUAAGCUGAAGAACAUAGUGGAAGGACUACCGGAGCCACAGUUCACCUCCGAGGACUACAUGAAGCUAUACACAACCGUCUAUAUGAUGUGCACUCAGAAGCCUCCUCAUGAUUACUCUCAACAGUUGUAUGACAGGUACCGGGAGUCCAUUGAAGAUUACAUUACCUCAACGGUAUUACCAUCCUUGAGGGAGAAGCAUGAUGAAUUCUUGUUGAGGGAGCUUGUAAAACGAUGGGCAAACCAUAAAGUUAUGGUUAGAUGGCUAUCUCGUUUCUUUCAUUUCCUUGAUCGGAAAUUUUGUCCUCGGAGGUCACUUCCACCGCUUAAUGAAGUUGGGUUCAAUUGCUUCCGCGACCUGGUGUACCAAGAAUUUAGUGGGGAAGUUAGGGAUGCUGUAAUUUUUUUGAUUGAUCAAGAGCGUGAAGGGGAGCAAAUUGACCGAGCUUUGUUGAAAAAUGUUGUGGAUAUUUUUGUUGAAAUUGGUAUGGGACGAAUGGAUUGCUAUGACAACGAUUUGGAGGCAGCAAUGCUCAAAGCUACCGCUGUUUAUUAUUCUCACAAAGCUUCAAACUGGAUCCUAGAAGAUUCGUGUCCAGAUUACCUGUUUAAAGUUGAGGAAUGUUUGAAAAGGGAGAAAGACAGGGUUUCUCAUUACCUGCAUUCGAGAAGUGAGCCAAAGUUGUUGGAGAAGGUCCAAAACGAGCUGCUUUCUCUUCAUGAAAACCAACUCCUCGAGAACAAGGACUCAGGAUUGCACGUGUUGCUCAGAGAUGACAUGGUCGAUGAUUUGUCAAGAAUGUUCAGGCUCUUUUCAAGAUUACCAUAUGGCUUAGAAAAGGUUGCUGAUUUAUUCAGACAGCAUAUCAGUGCUGAUGGUGCAGCUUUGGUAAAACGAGCUGAAGAUGCUGCAAGCAACAAGAAGGUUUCUGUUGCGGAGGAGGAGAUUGACCUGCUGCAUAACAAGUAUCUGGAUUACGUUAACGAUUGCUUCCAGAACCAUACUCUUUUCCGGCAGGCUCUGGAAGAAGCUAUCGGGUCCGUUCGUGCCAUCAAUCAGCAUGGUGAUUGAUUCUGUCGAAAAAUCCAUCAUAUAACUGGAGAUCUAUCAAGCCAUGGACAGAGGUUUUAGAAUAUACUGUCAUUACUGUGUGUGUUUAUUUUGAAGUCCUUCCACUUUGAGACGACUAUAUCUUGUAUUCUUGUUCUAACACCAUCCACAGCAUGAAAAUUGAAAAGCCCACCAGGUGAAAAGAGAGGCUGUUGACUGGGCUGAGAAUUAAAAAGCCCAAGGUGUGUAAUUAGACGUUAGAUGGGCCAGUUGACCGUUUAAUAAAACGGAAGCCCAACCCAGCUCUGAGAAUUUAUUCUGAUUUAUGAUAAAUCUUUUGUUUUUUUAUUAGAAAGUUUGCGACAAUCGAGUUUUUAGAUGAAUGAAAUGAUAAAAGAGAACAAUUAGAUUGAAUUAUGGAUCCAAAAUCCGAUUUGGACAACACGGAAACUAAUCGCACCAUUUGUUUAUAAUCCUCAAUAAUUAAAAGAUAAACGUGGGCAAACGAUCAGCAGAUAGAGUAAUUAGGCAUCAACUAUCUGCCUUCUUAUUGCCCAUCCCAAUUUAAUAAAAUCUCUUUGCAGCCAUCUAACGCAAUCACUUAAAAGAGGUGAGUGAGAGGAACUUUUUCCCACCACCUCGGUCCCACCAAGGCCUAAGUUCAAUUAAGAGAAAAAUGUUACUAAUCAUGUAGUUCCAUUAAUUGUGAUGUUAACAUAAAAGUACAUGUACCAAAAAAUUGAUGUGUCCUUAAAUAUAACAUCUAAUGCAAAUCCCAGGUCGAGAAAGUACGAGUAAGGUUUAUUAUUCAUAAGAAACAUCCAACUUUAACUAACAAGAUGCGUUUUGAGGUGAAAUUGAUGAGUUCUUGUAGGAACUAUGAAGUUAAAUGUGCUCGUAAUGGAGCACUGCAAAGAUCGAGACGAUAGAGUGGUUCCAAUUUCCGACUGACGGGUUUGAUUGAAAACAAACUAUAAUUUUCCAAUAAAUGGUCAAUCGAACA